AUGGCGCAACAAGACUAUUUUAUUCAUUUCGGCCCAAAUGCUAAUUGUACUCUAGAAUUGUGUAGUAUCGAUGAGAGUGUUUACGGUUACCGACCGUCACUAGCCGCAAAUGUUAUAUUCGCCGGACUCUUCACGCUCGCCUUAGGUGUCCACGCCUAUCUCGGCGCGCGAUGGAAAACUUGGACCUUUAUGUGGUGUUUAAUUCUAUCCUGUCUUCAUGAGAUCACAGGCUACGUCGGACGCAUCAUCAUGUGGAAUAACCCAUGGAGUUUUGUGGGUUUCAUCAUUCAAAUCAUUUGCAUUACGCAGGCACCAGUCUUUUAUUGCGCAGCGAUAUAUGUCACCCUGCAUCAAACAAUCGAUCAUUUUUCUCCGUCGUUGGCGCGUUUCCCUACAAAAGUCUUGAUCUGGAUCUUUGUUCCUUUUGAUGUCACUUCACUUGCGCUUCAGGGAGCUGGUGGUGCCCUGUCCGCAUCAUCGUCUGGCUCCAGCCAAACUGGCGUCAACAUUGCAUUGGCUGGAUUAAUUCUGCAAGUCAUCACGCUGGUUAUAUUCUGUGCUAUAUUCGGAGACUUCUUUUUCAGAUAUGCGAGAUCGUCCAAGGGGCAGGUGCAUGGGCUAAGGGAAAAGCUUUUUGUUGGCUUCUUGUCCGCGUCUGUUCUCAGUACUCUAGUCAGGUGCAUCUUUCGUGCCGACGAACUGAAAGAUGGAUAUAAUGGAUCUACUGUCAAGAACGAGGGACUAUUCAUUGGACUGGAGGGGGUAUUGGUUAUAUUCGCCGUCUUUUGCCUCUGUAUUGGGCACCCGGGCUUCGUCUUUAAGAAGAACAACCUAUUACCGCCUGCAUCUAAGGAUACUGGUGGUAAUACGAUCCUAGAUCCGACCUUUUCUACUAUAUAA